UGACUGUUUUAUUCCCCAUCAUCGGCAUGGGUAGGCAUUGUGCGCGAAUCUGAGUGACAGACUUCGAUAAAAGUCACGUUUUUCGUAGCUUAUAAAAUCUAUUAUUUCUUUCUAUCAAAAUGGCUUCAAGAACACAAUCAAGAAGAAUUCCUGAAGUAGAACCACGUAUAGAUUAUGUUCAAUGCGAUGGAUUAGUUGUAAUGAAAAUGGUAAAACAUUGUCAUGAGGAGUCUAUGAGCAACAUGGAAGUUGCACAAGGUGCACUUCUUGGUUUAGUUGUACAAAACAGAUUGGAAAUAACCAAUUGUUUUCCUUUCCCUAAAAAUGACGAAAUCGCCGACGAAGAGGAAUAUCAAUUAGCUAUGAUGCGUAGACUUAGAUGGGUUAACGUUGAUCAUUUUCACGUUGGAUGGUAUCAAAGUGCAGAUGUUGGUAAUUUUUUAAAUGUAUCACUUUUAGAAUCACAAUAUCAUUAUCAAACGUCUAUAGAAGAAUCUGUUGUGCUUAUUUAUGAUACUGCCAAGUCGGCCAGAGGGUUUUUAACUCUUAAAGCUUAUCGUCUCACACCACAAGCUAUACAAAUGUAUAAGGAAGGCGAAUUUACUCCCGAAGCUUUACGGGCACUUAAGAUCGGUUAUGAAAGUCUUUUCGUUGAAAUUCCUGUUGUUAUAAAAAAUAGUAAUUUAACAAAUAUUAUGAUGUCAGAAUUAGAAGAAAUGAUUCCAGAAGAAGAAGGCACUAAAUAUUUAGAUCUUGGAACUGCUACAGUAUUGGAAAAUCAAUUACGUUGUUUAAUGGAUCGUGUAGAUGAAUUAAAUCAAGAAGCUAUGAAAUUCAAUAGAUAUCAACAAUUGGUUGUUCGACAGCAACAGGACAAAAAUCGAUUGUUAGCAAAGAGAGCUCAAGAAAAUGCAGCAAGAGCUGCUAAAGAUGAACCACCACUUCCCGAUGAUGAUAUCAACAAAAUAAUGAGACCAUUACCAGUACCACCAAGAUUAAAUCCAAUGAUUGUCGCAGGACAAAUUAACACUUACAGUGAACAUAUAUCACAAUUCUGUGCACAAAGCUUAGCUAAAUUAUAUAUUACACAGAGUCUUCAACAUGCUAAAGAAUCUAAAUCUUCCAAUUGAUGAAAUAACAAUACACACGUCAUAAAUGAUUAUGUCAUUAAACAUUUGUAAUGAAACAUUAAAUCUAUAUUAAAUAUCAUAUAAUAAUGUUUUCUAA